AACGGCCAGGUAUAAAACACUUGAUCGACGCCGAAGCCAGCAUCAGUCACGCUUAACUUCUCUUCCCUGCUCGACACAAGCUGCAAACAUGAAGGUCGCUCUUGUUUUCCUCGCCAUGUUGGCCUGCGCGCUGGCAGGCGAGACGUACACGACCAAGUACGACAACAUCGACGUGGAUCAGAUCCUGAAGAGCGAUCGUCUGCUGAACAACUACGUAAACUGCCUGCUGGAACUCGGAAGUUGUACCCCGGACGGCAAGGAGCUUAAAAAAUCCCUGCCGGACGCUCUGGAGAAUGAUUGCAGCAAGUGCAGCGAGAAGCAGAAAACGACCAGCGAGAAGGUCAUCCGGUUCCUGGUUAACAAGCGGCCACAAAUGUGGGAGAAGUUGUCGAAGAAGUACGACCCGACUGGCGAGUACAAGGUGAAAUUCGAGGACAAGGCGAGCAAACUUGGGAUCAAACUUUAAGUAGUUGGCGGCGUUGAGUCCUUGGUUCCGAGAAGACGCGGAGGCAGCCUUCGAAGAUAAUUCGUGGACUCGUUGAGCGAUAUCGGCCGCGUCGUUUUCUUUAACUUGUACCCAGCUGAAAGAUUGCAGAAUAAACGUUGCAUCUGUGUAGAA